CGCCGUGGGUACUAGCUGUAGGGCCCGCCUCCUGUCUCUGUAGAUAAAGAGUCGCAGCCUGCUAUCCAGGCAUGGAUGACGGUUUCAGUGAGACAUGGCAGUGCGACAUUACACUCUCGAUUUCAACCUCUCUACGGCAGUUGACUCUGCCACGGCAGUGUCUGGUCUGCUGUCUAUAUUUCAUGAACAGGAACUGACAGAGACUAUUCAUGACACAGACGGGCAUGGCUACCUUGCUACCUUUGUGGGCAAGAAUGGCAGGUUUGUUGUUCUGCGUGUGCACUCCCAUGGGCUGGUUACGGUUGAUUUGCAGUGUUAUGAAGAAGAUGACAUUGCACAGCUAGACAAUCUUUUGAAUGCACUGGAAAAUAAGCUGAAAGUUCUUUUAAAUGGCAAUAUUACAAGAAUUAAAAAACUUCCAGCCCUUUUGCGAGGAGCAAAAGUUGAUCGCUACUGGCCCACAGCCGAUGGCAGGCUGAUUGAGUACGACAUUGACAAGGUGGUGUACGAAGAGAAUUCUGAUUACCAAAACAUAAAGAUAUUGCACUCACAGCAGUAUGGAAAUAUCCUAGUUCUGGAUGGAGACAUUAACCUUGCAGAAAGUGACUUUCCCUACACCCAGGCCAUCACAGGCAAUGGAAAAGAGAAUUAUGCUGGAAAAGAGGUGCUGAUUUUAGGAGGAGGGGAUGGAGGAAUUCUUGCUGAGUUGGUGAAACAAAAGCCAAAGAUGAUCACCAUGGUGGAGAUCGAUCAGAAGGUGAUAGAUGGGUGCAAAAAAUACAUGAGGAAGACUUGUGGUGAUAUCCUGGACAACCUGAAGGGAGACUGUUACCAAAUAUUAAUCCAGGACUGUGUUCCCUUGCUGAAGAAGUAUGUCCAGGAAGGAAGGACAUUUGAUUACGUUAUUAAUGACCUCACUGCAGUCCCAAUAUCCACCUCACCAGAAGAAGACUCUACAUGGGAGUUCCUGCGUCUCAUCUUAGAUCUGUCUAUACAAGUGCUGCAUCCCAGUGGGAAAUAUUUCACACAGGGUAACAGCGCAAAUCUGACUGAGGCACUGAAUCUGUUUGAGGAGCAGCUGGGAAAGCUCUCGUGUCCAGUGGACUUCCGCAAAGAGGUGGUGUGUGUUCCAUCCUACUUGGAGCAAUGGGUUUUCUACACUGCUUGGAAAAAGUAAAAACCUUCCAAGUUGUCUAUCCUGAAAUUCCCAGCAGCUGGAAUAUGAAGGGGUUUUCAUUUCUCCUGUACCCCAGAGGUGUGCUCAGACUGAAUGUUUGAAAAUUGGAGGCAACCAUAAAAUUCUGUUUUUUUUUUUUUUUUUUGUUGUUGUUUUUUUAGGUUUUAAAUGUUUUAAAAAUUUCGGAAUAGUUCCCAAGUCUGAAUUGUUCACGCUCCACAUGCAAAUGGCAAUCAGUGCACAUUACAGGUGAGCUUCAGGUGACUGCAUUUAAUUAAGUCAUUUAAUUUGCUUUUGUCAGUUAACGAGUGCUGACUGCAAAACACUCCAGCUUAAUACAGUGGAAAUGAAGAAGGAAAAAAGUAUAUGGGCGAAAAGAAAAAAAAAAUAUUUUAAAGUGAUUUUGAGUUCAGAAUGUAAAUCUUGAGACACAAUUGCAGUUUGAUCAUCCCCUCAUUCUCCCUCAUGCCGCUUUGUUUUUCCUUUCACUACAACUUGUCAGUUGUAUUUUGUCUGUUACUUGAUUUUUUUUGCAUGUACUCUGAAGGAGCUAUUGGAUGUUGAAACACUGAUUUUUUUUUUUUUUUUUUUUUAAAUACACUGAUAAUGUGGAUUAACUCAUUUCUCAUAGGUGUUUUUCAUUUUCUAUAAUCUUGAGUUAUGAAGUUGAAUAACGUGCCUAUGCAUGAGCCAGUGCACAGGUGCAGUUUACCUGAAGUGUCACUUUUUAAGCUUAAUUUUUGUUACUGCCAUUAAAAUGUGAUUUCUUUCGGGCUGUAUUAAAGGCAAUGUGAUUAUGCCCAAUGGGACUGAGGGGGUUUAAGUCCAAGUGUGUUUUAAAAGGGAAACAAUUUCUCCAAGUUACUGCCACCUCUGUUUGUGCUGUUUUAUGUAAUAUUUUAUUGGCACCUUGUUGGGUUUUUCCUGUUUUGUUCUUUUUCUUUUAAUUUUUAAAAAAAUUUUUUAUAUAAAGACUGAAUUAGGUGCAUGUAAAGGACGGUGAAUGUAGCUUGCAUAUACAGUACAAUGCACAUUUGAUCUACCCUGUGGGACAUUUAUUUAUUCCUUAUUUCACCAAAUGCUGUCCUUUCCUGCCUAAGGUAAUUUUGACCAUCUGCAAUUAAAGUGUUCUUUUUGGGGGAGGGAAACCUG